CUCCUAUUUCACGUAAUAGCUAUAAUUGGCCAUCAUGUCCUCAAAUAUAACAUAUCCUGGGAUUGCUCAACGCAAGCAAUCCCAUCUUGAUGCUCAAAUCCCCGCAGAAUGGAAGCUCCCCGCAUCGUUUAUCCCCGAAGGGAUGCUCUCCAUUGCGGACUCCAUCACCAACGUUAAAGAAUACCAAUCCGUCAACGUAAUGGGUAUCCCGAGGUCCUGCGGACUUCUUACGCAUCAAGAGCUGGCUAUCACAGAGAACUACGAUAUUCGAGCUCUUCUGACGAUCAUCGCCGAAGGAAAGCUCUCAAGUGAGGAGGUUAUUCGGGCAUUUAGUAAGAGAGCGGCUAUCUCUCACCAAUUGACUCGCUGCUUGACCGAGCCGCUGUUCGACCGCGCUGUCGCCAAAGCUAAACAACUCGACCUUCACCUGCAACAGACCGGUAAACCAAUCGGUCCGCUGCACGGCCUCCCCGUCUCAGUCAAGGACCCCUUCCACGUCAAGGGAUUCGACUCGUCUCUUGGCAUCGCUGCUCUGGCAUUCCAGCCCGCCACGGAAAACUCCCCCCUCGUCGACCUCCUGGAGUCCCUGGGCGCCGUCGUCAUUGCCAAGACUAACGUGCCGCAGACCAUGGGCGCCCUGGACAGCUGUAACCAUCUCUUCGGACGCACUUUGAAUCCUCAGAACCGCAAGCUCACGGCAGGAGGAAGUACGGGCGGAGAAGGAGUGCUGGUGGCCAUGCGCGGGUCGAUGGUUGGUUUCGGAUCUGAUAUCGGAGGCAGCAUCCGUGUUCCGGCAAUGUGCAACGGUAUAUACGGAUUCAAGCCCAGCGUGGGGAGGGUGCCGUACGGAAGCCAAGACGCGGGCAUGAUGCCCGGGAACAUGCGUGUGUCUUUACAGGCCGUGGCGGGUCCGUUGGCGCGCUCGGUGGCUGAUUUGGGGGCUAUCAUGGAGGAGAUUGUUUCUCGCGCGGAGCUGUUCGGGGAGGACUGCAUUCCCGGACAAUGGCGGGGCGAGUUUCCCGCGCAGAUGCCAGAUACGCGGAAGCAGAAUCUGACGAUUGGUGUGCUGCGUUCGGACGGCUUGGUGGAGCCGUUGCCGCCCAUUGCUAAGGUUCUGGAUGAGGUGGCUCGGGCGCUGGGUCGCACGCCUGGCGUCGAAGUAGUCGAGAUCCCAGUACCGCCUGCUCUAGCCAAGUGCCAAGCCAUAGCUGGCAGGCUGAUGGGCGCUGAUGGAGGCAACAGCAUGAUGGAUCUGCUUGACAAGACUGGAGAGCCUCUGAUCCCCUGGCUCCAGGGACGCACCAAGCGCGGCAAGGAAAUGACCGUGACACAACUAGGUCAGCUGCAGGCACAGCGAUCGGUCAUUGAGCGGGAACUACUGAAGAUGUGGAACCAAAACGGCCGACGCGUCGAUGCAAUCAUUCACCCCGUGGCGCCUCACCCGGUCCCUGAGAUCGACCGGUACAACGCCGUCGGGUAUACGUCCAGCUUCGUGCUCUUGGACUACCCGGCAGGCGUUAUCCCGGUCAGGCCGUUCAACCAGGGAGAUCUCGAGAAGGGGAAGGAAAUGAAAACUCCCCUGAUCGGCAGCUGGGAUAAGGCCAAUCGGAAGCUUUGGGACGAGCAAACCGUCGACCGUCGAGUAUACCUGGACUCGCCGCUGAGUAUCCAGGUUGUAACACCAAAGCAGCGCGACUACGAGCUCUUCCGGGCCAUGGAGAUCAUCGACCGUGUUGUACAAGCAGACAGGAAUAUCAGGCCAGCCUCGAAAUUGUAAAUCUAACCUGCUAAGAGCGAUG